AGUCCAGCUUCGAGCGAGACUCGCGGGAGCGAUCGCCACAAGGAUGGCCCUCUGGCUCUGGCUCUGCUGCUGCUGCCUGGCCGCCUGGCCGGCCCCGGGGCGCUCGGACACCGCGACGGCGCUGCCAGCUUUUCCAGAAGGCGGAGGAGAACAGCCACUGCCACCCAUUUCAGCCGACUUCUCCCAACACGACAUUCUUCAGGAUGAGAUUUCUCAGGAGUUCCUGCUCCAGAAGAUCCGUGAAAGUCUUGGAGAUGACCACCAGUUCCCCAUCCUGGUCCAUGGGGAGCCCCAGGCGGUUCCCCUGAAGCCCAGAGGGAGAAGCCCCCCUUGCAGCAGAGUCGGCUGCACUCGGAAGCCCCCCCUCUACAAGCUGGAGGACUUCCCGCCUGGCCGCCCCACCCACAGCAACCUGGGCCACCUCUGCGCCCCGGAGCGGAGGAAGCCCAGCUACGGGCCCUGGAACCUGCCCCAGACAAGCUUCAGCCACCUCUCCCGCCAGGGGGAGGCCAUGAACAAGCUGGAGGGCCAGUUCGGCCACUGCUGCCAGCUGGCCGAGGGCGAGAAGCUGCCCUGCUGCACCAGGACGUGGGAAGGAGGCCUGAUGCACUUUUGCAAGCAGGAGUACUCGACCAAGACCCGCCCCUUUCACUGCUGCCUAGAGGCUUCCAAACAGGCUCGCCUUGCCUGCUUCACCAACCAAGCCCCCUUCCCCGCUUACGACAAAGAGGGGUCAUCGCUCGACAUGGCCCAGCUUACCACCCCACUCCUGGACUCCCUCUGCAGCCAGGCCCCCCACCAGAGCAAACAGAGGCCCAGCCCGGCUUUGGUCCAGAACAUCACCGACUCCUGUUGCAAACUGCAGGAGAGUGAGAGGACUCAGUGUGCCGAAGAAGUGAAAUUGCAGUUUAUCGCCACCUUCUGCGGUUCCCAAAAGCGCAGCUGGAAGGACCCCCAGAAGUGCUGCGCCCAGGACAACGAGGCCGCCCGCAGCGACUGCUUCAACCGCAGCUACCUGGGGCACAUCUCCCUCCUCAGCAGCGAGCAGGCCGUGCCCCCCACUGAGGCGACCUCCUGAAUCCCCCAGGACGGGUUCCUGCCCUGCUAAAAGACCCCCUCCCUUCUCCCUGCCCCGUCCCCACCCCCCUUCCCUCUGGCAGGUUCGGCUCUGCGCUUGGGGAGGGGGUGAGCUGUUCUUUCGGCCUUUAGAUUGUCAGAUCUGCUCCCCCUCCCAAAAUCUGGGGGCGGGACCAGAAACCAUCCAUGCACUGACUUUAUAAUCAAAGAGGGGCCUCCCUCAAGCCCUCCUCGCUUGGAUGCACUUUAUCUCCUCAACUGAAGCCGCAGGCAGGUCAAAUCCCAGCCUGUGAAGAUUCUGGAGCUCCCUCUUGGCUUUGCUGGCAGAGAGCAUUCGGUGGCAUUUGUCUGAACCUGGGAGGGGAGGAGAGAGGGGCCUUGCUUGUGCCCCACACGCCUCCCCCAGCUUGGCCAACUGGCCCAGGGGACGUUGUUCCCUCCCAGCUGGGCAGCUCCAGAUCCUGGUUGCCUCUCUGGGUCCGCAGUGGAUCCCUGGAGAAGGAUCGGCCUUGGUGGGUCUGCUCCAUCUAAAGUGAUUGACCUGGUCUUCAGCCACAAAGGCAGGUGGUGGCAGCAGCGGCUGGUUGGCAUCGUGCUCUGCCCAGUUGCAUUUCUGCAUCGGGACCAAUCGUAAACUUUUUGCUUGUAACAAAUGCAUUUUUCAUAUUGCAAUGAAAUGAUGACAUGGAUCUGUGCCGGGGCAAAGGGGUUCAAUAAACCACUUUUUUGGAAAA